UUUCGUCGUUGCAGAGCCGAAAUCUAUGCCGUUGUAAUGUGUUGAGAUGGUUUCGUGGUGCGUCACGUAUGGCGUCGUGCGGAAAUUACGCGAUGGAUACUUUACAACGCAGCUCGCUCCGCAAUAUCGCGGACUCUGCGUUCUAACAGUUAACAUGAUCAAUGGCUCUCUUUCAGAAGAGGUACACGAAUAAGGUGCUGCUAGACGACACCGAAACUCUUACCAGCGUCAUUGAGAAUGCCAGGACUGUCGAUGCGCACACGGAAUACGUGAUUAGGACUCAAAGAGGACCAUUACCUGAGAAAUCUUGGCGAGUUUGCAGACGUUACAAUGAUUUUAUUCAGCUUCAUUCUCUCUUAUCUGUGUCUGGCCUUAACUUGCCCUUGCCACCUAAACGAAUCAUUGGUAAUAUGGAACCAGAUUUUAUAGCUCAAAGGCAAGCUUGUUUACAAAAUUACUUAAACUUGGUACUAAUGAAUCCGAUUUUGGCAUCGUCUUUGCCUAUGAAAAAAUUCUUAGAUCCUGAGAAUUAUACAGCGCCUCUACAUGAAAUAGCAUUACAGCAAGUAUCGCUAGCUUUACGAAGCGAUGCCAAUUUUGAGGUUGGUAAAGCCAUUCCUGAUAUGGGAUGGCGGUUAAGGAAACAUUAUUAUACAGUCAAGAAUAGGCAAAAUCCUAAACAAGAAUUACUUCUUGCUUGGGUUGAAUUUGGGCCUGACAAACAUUUACAAUAUAAAGAUAUGCAAGGAGUUUUUAAAAGUCUGGGGAAUCUAAAGCAUAGUUAUAUAGAACCUAUAGUGCAUCAAUAUGUAACUGAAAAUGGUGCUUUGACAAUUCGUAAUUUUCAUUCCAAUGGCACCUUACGAGAUAUUUUGUGUAAUACUAAGCCCAAGCAGCCUUUUAUAAAAAAAUAUGGCAAUCCUAAACAGACAAAAUCAUUAACUGUAACUGAAAUAGCUAACUAUUCAUAUCAGAUUUUAGAAGCAUUAAAUUUUCUUCAUGAUAAAAGUUUACCAUAUGGGCAUUUACACACUGGAAAUGUUUUACUAACAAGUGCUGGAGCAAAAUUAUUAGAUAUAGAGAAUGGUCUUUUAGGUUUACCAGCAUUUUAUCGACCAUAUGUAGUUCAGAGGCGAAAACUACAUGCAACGAUGCAAGUGGAUGUUUAUGCUUUUGGGCAUGUUCUUUACGAAAUGGCCUUUGGAAGACCUCUAUUAGAAGCCACAAUUGGAAGUUCUGAUCUACCCCACUGUGAUUCAAAAUUAAAAAAUCUUUUGGAACUUAUUUUAUCUCAUGAGGCCUUGAAGCAAGAUCUUCCAAUGAUUGCUCAAUUAAUGGAGCAUCCCUUUUUUGAAGUAAUACAACGGAACAUUAAUUCCAAUGCUGGUAUGGUUGAUAAACCGCAUUUUAAGCUUAGUAGUCACUUGAAGGAUGCUCUUUUAGAGGCUACUAAUAAGGCCGAGUCAAGACUGAGAGAUGAGCAGAAAGUAGCUAGACAUCAAAAAAGACUUGUGAAAGUGCAAGAAAUGAUGAGUUCUGAGGAGGAAAUGAAAAAACGAAAGCAUAAGUUGAAAAAAGAACAAAAGUUAGCACAAGAGCGUUCAGCAAGUCAGAUGGGAAAUAAUGGAACAAAACAAAACAAUGGUAAAAGUCCAGAAAGAUCUGACAGUCCAACUAGCACAUCAACAGCUACCAGUGUUGGUACUCUUACACCUCCUUCUCAUGGUUUUGAAGUACAAUCAAAUUGUUCCAAAGAAUUGAAAAAGGACUUAUGCCCUCCACCACCUCCGAUGCCAGUAACUUCAAAUACAAAUGCACUAAAAACACAUUUAACAAAGGAACGUGCAGCGUUGUUAGGAAGCAUUUGUGCAUUUAAAAAAACGAAUCUUCAUAAAGUCACCAAUGGCAUCCAUUGACAUUAUUUCUUCGUUAAGACGAUAAUUUGCAUAUAGUGUAGUUAACAUUCGACCUUU